UGCCCGCCCGCGAGACCCAUUUUCUAUACCGCCCGAUCGAAAUACUUCCCCUCCCCCCCGCCGAUCACCUUCAAGCGCCCACAAUCCUCUAGGCAAGAAUAUGCCUGCAGAAAGGUCAAGGGCGUCUAGGCGCAGUGGCGCCGACGGCAACCAGUUAGUGUGGACGAUGCCUGUUGAGCCUACUACGCCCGGCGGGAUUGCUUUCGCUACCAACGUCACCCCAAUCACUUUCAAUGAACCUGUAACGGAUAAGGAACUGCAACUGUUUCCCUCUGUUGACGAUCCGGCAUCUCCUCGACGUCCUGCUCACUCGAAGAAGAAGCCUGAAAACCACAUUCCACGACCUCCCAACGCGUUCAUCCUCUUCCGGUCCUCGUUCAUCAAGGGUCAGCAUGUUUCAACAGAAGUGGAGACCAAUCACUCUACCUUGUCAAAAAUCAUCGGAUUGACCUGGCAAAACUUGCCGGAGGACGAGCGUCAGGUAUGGCAUGUGAAGGCAAAACAGGCGCUCGAUGACCAUAAGCGCAAGUUCCCACAAUAUGCCUUCAGGCCGCUACAUUCUAAAGGGAAAGGCGGGACGGAGAAACGGAAGGUUCGGGAAGUUGGUCCGAAGGAUCUCAAACGGUGUGCUAAGAUAGCGGAACUAUUGGUUGAAGGAAAGAAGGGACAGGAUCUCGACGCUGCUAUCCAGGAAUUUGAUAAACACCACGUCCCCGAGAUUGUUACUCGUUUCGAGGCUCCCAUCACUGAACAUUCAUUCCGGCGAUUCACAUCUGAUUCUACCAUCGAUACCGACAUAGAGGACGAUCCUACUGACACGAGAGCAAGUUCCCCCAUACCCCCGCCUUCUCGUUCACGCUCACCGUCGAAGGCCUUGUCGAGAUCGCCAAGCUCACGUAGUAUUUCGCGCCGUAGCAAACGUUCAGUAUCUCCCGAUCUCCCGCCCUUGGUAGAUCCUCCGCCUGACUAUCUAGAGGAGCCAAUAGACGGUACAAAUGCGUCUCCCACUGUAAUCAUCAAUGAUUCGUAUUCGUUCUCUUCGAAACCGAAUCCCUCAUUUGACCCCAACACAUUCUCUUAUAACCAGACCCCCGAUUCCUCACCUCUGCCUUCGGCAGCUCAAAGCGUCGAUAGUCUAUUUUCUGAAGGGCCGUUCUGUAACGGAUUAACAAUGUUCGGCGAAGACGCGACUGAACAUUCAAGGCGACCUUCACUUUCUAUCAACACAUCGCUCCCUUCGAUAGCGACAGGACCCGGUUCCGUCUGGACACAUCCUCUCUCCCCCGUGUCGUCUAUAACGCCAGGCUACCACGAGUCUCCGAGCUAUUCAUCCUACGAUCCUUAUAUCUCACCGCUUGGUGGCCAUCAUACACCGCAACUCUCACAUUCUCCCUCCCUCUCUGCUGCAAGCUCGUAUGAAAACUUGUCGGGCAUGUACCAGAACGACGGCAUAUCCCAACAAUGCGUACCGCUGUCACCUGCGUGCGACUAUCAUGACGGCAACGGUUAUUCGAACGAUUUCUCCAUUUUCGUUCACGGACAAGAUUCAUCUCAGACAGAGUUCAUGACGUACGGCUCUCUGUCGAUGCCCAUGUCUCCCGACGACGAGGAUCUCACCCUUCUUAAAGCCAAGUCACAAGGUCUCUUCCAACCGUCGACGUACGAUUUAGACUUCUCGACUUUCGGUUUAAUACAAGGCUACUAACCCCGAGAAGACCCUCAGACAAUACCAGGAUUCACGCUAGAAGUUGAUCUUGGUGAAUUCUCCCUUUCUUCCGAUCUCUUACUAUUUGACAUUCCUUUACUCGUUCUAAUGGAUGCGCGACCCGCCUUCGACCCUCUUCCAUUAUUCUUCUGCUUUCCGGACCUUCUGGAUUCUUGAGCCUCCCUCACCCCGUCUCGAGAUGUAUUACUAGCAACUUCCCGGAUUCUCAGUAUAUUUAUUCCCGAUUUGCUCCAUAUAUUGGCCUUCAUCUCAUUAUUCUCGCCUUCCUCAUACGUCCUGCCUUUCCAGACACCCCCAUACACCAUCUUGUUCUUCAAGUUUGGGACCGCCUCCUUCACCGACAUUCCACUGUUCUUAGCCACUCAAUCAACGUCCCCGGGUUCAAGGCUCAUUUAUUUAUUCAACCCAUAAAAAAUUCCGGACGAGUUAUUCUCAUCCUCUGUGCCCUUAUCUCUUAUUAACCCCCCCCUUCCCUUGUAUAUAGUCAGUUGCCUGUCUUCCCGCUCUUUGUUCCUUUAAUAUCCCCUUUCUGAUUUAUCUCUUCCCUGCCCGCCAUCCUCAAAACCCUUCCCGCCAUCCCUCUUUUGCCCCGUUCCGUGUUUUACGACCACCGGUGGGUAUCAAAUGUUGUUUUUGUCAUUUUUUAUUUAUGAACCCUUGUAUCAACACGAUCCGCCAAUGUUAUAAACGUCACUAUUCAACGUACAUCUACAACCUUGGACUUUGGAAAAUGUUCUUUUGUUACAUGCGGAGGAAAUUUGGUCUCCGGGGUUCUUCAAACACCGGGGGCGAAAUUUACUGGGAGAUGUCAAAAGUCACGUCGAAAUGCGCCAUAUGAAUAUUCUUUCACCUCGGGGAGACGGGGAAGGUGAUAUGAAUAAUAGCGACCGUCUGGACCGGGAUUUCUGUAUGAAGUGAUUUUACUUAACCAGGAAAGGGUUGCAUGGGAGAAAUCCGAGCUUCAGGGCGCAGGGCAUGGGAAAAAUAGGACAGGUGAUCGUCCGUACUUGACUUCUGAC